AUGUCCGGACAGCCCAGAUUCGUGAGUCCGUUUCACAGACCGCAUUGUUUGGCCGCUGCUGCAGCUCCUGCGGGGAAAGCCAAACUCACGCACCCUGGUAAAGCGAUCCUGGCAGGUAAGAAAGUUUUUGCCGCACGCGCUCCUCCUCCCCCUCGUGCGCACAGGGACGUGUGUUAAAGUUGUUUACAAGUUGUAGCUGAGCGUACAGAUGAGAGCAGAGAGGGUAAUGCUGCAGACCUGAUUUUAAUCUGAUGCACAGGGAAAGUGCAGGGAGGAGGAUACAUGCUUGUCUUAAAGGGGCACCAGCUCUCCUUUAAAGUUUGGCACUUAAAGGGAUAUUCCGGCGUAAAAUUAAUUUGGGGUCAAACACACCGUAACACCGAGUUAGUCACCCUCUCGAGAGAUGAAUGUUGCCUACCGCUUGCUUCUCAAGUUAUACCAAAUUUAGUAUUGACCGCACCAUAGCAAUACACAGCGGUCUGAGGAGCCAUAAGCAAACCUACCUACUCUCUUCCAGCAGCCGCUUGUUUGUAGCGAGACCUUGGGCCAGUCCAUUACGCAGCGGCCCAAGCCUCCUAAGCUCUAUUUCUGCCAAUAAUAUUGAUUGUUGAUCAUUCACAUACCUUUACAAAUCUCUGUGAUUAACAUUCCAUGACAUGCAAACAUACCUUUAUCUUGGCGUUUUGUCUCUUCUUUCUCUUUCUUUUCUCUGCUCCUGAAGGAUAUGUCUUUUUGUAUGACAUUAUUUUGCCCCACAACUACCUGCACUUUGGAUGCUCAGUGCACACUGCAUAGCAGGAGGCACAUAACGAUGGCGGAGCUUUGACAUAUCAGCAGUAAGAAUCAUAGGCCUACAUCAGCAGCAGCACUAAAAUGUUUUUAAUUUAUUUUAAUUUAUUUUAAUUUUACAUUAAUAUAUAUUUGAUCAUACAGAAAGAAUCACUCAUACAUGCAAAAUAUAAAAAAAUUAUAAAAAAUAACUUUUUUUCCAUUGCUCUUGGGGGCCCCCUAUUAGGCGUGGGGCUCUAAGCAGGCACUUAGUUUGCUUAUGACUUGGGUCGGCUCUGCCAUUACGGAUUAUAGCAGGGUCACGCAGCCCAAGGAAGAACAUUUAUGAUCAUUUCCUUAUGGAAAUACAAUCAGACCAAGAUGCUAAGGAAGAAGAACUACUGCGUCUGCAGUGCAUAAUGAUAAAUAUGGUGAUUAUUACUUGUAGUCCGUAAAGGACUGGCCCGAGGUCUCGCUACGAACAAGAGGCUGCUGGAAGAGAGUAGGUGAGUUGUGUUUAGACUCUUUGCUAAAGAAAUUAGGCAAAGAUAAAAAGAUGUUUGGUGGCUAGUACUAUGGCUUGGACCUUAUAUGUACUGUUAAUGAAGUUAGGUGCUGUUCUGAGCAUUAUUUGUGGUUAUAGAGUGGCGUUUCGGUUGAGGUUUGCUUAUGGCUCAUCAGACCGCUGUGUAUUGCUAUCAUGCAGUCAUUACUAAAGAUGGUAUAACUAGAGAAGCAAGCGGUCGGCAACGUUCAUCUCUCGAGAGGGUGUCUAACUUGUUACGGUGUGUUUGACCCUAACUUAAUUUUAUGCUGGAAUAUCCCUUUAAAUAAACAAAAGAGGCAAGAAGUUAAAGGAAAACAAAGAGGGAUUCAUGAUUAAACUAAUUAACUUUCCUCCCUCUGAGCCUGUCAGAACAGAUUAUAACAGCCAGUGCACACUGCAGCAACAAAUGGUUAUCAGCUGAGGGCCUUGCAUUUUGGACAGUGUGGAUGAAUUCAUACACUCACUUACAUUCACAAUGUUUAAGGAGAUCUUUGCAUUUAGAUUCAAAGGUUCAAAGGUAAAGUUUAAAUUAUUAAUGUCAAUUUAGAAACUAACAGGAAGUCAAGGAUACUUUCUCACCUGCAGGAGUCAUAACCAGAAGACUGAAAACAGUAGCUGAAAUCAUAACAGAAAGCCAUUACUCUAGUAAAAAGAGUAAGAUGAUAAAAUAAAAAGGAAUAAUGUAAUAAGGAUAACUGUAAAUAAAACAGGAAUUGUGAGUAGUUUUAUUGUGAAAGUGACCCAGGUUGUGAUCUCCUUCAGAGAUGCUUACAAAAACGAGAGUAUGAUGCUUUUAUUUUGACAGUUUUACCAUUUCUGGUUAAGAGUUCUUUAGUUCUUGUAUUUUAAAAACAUACUUUUAUUUUGAAAUAAUUUGUAUACUACUUCAGCAAUGGAGCUGAGUGAAAACAGUUCCAAAAGAGGGGAGUUUUUAAAGAAGUUGUGCCCUAUUUUUACUACUUCCUGUUUUAUAUAAAUUUAAUUCUUCGAUCGAUUAAGUAUACUUUUAUACUGAAACAAGUUGUAUACUACUUCCUCUAUAAUGUCUGCUAUAGAGCCAAGUGAAAACAGCUCAGUUUAUGAGUUUUUAAAGAAGAGGCGCUCCAUAUUUACUCCUCCCCAUUUAUUUAAGUUGUGUUCUUAGAUCGAUAAAAUGUACUUUUAUUUUGAAUUUUUUUUUAGCUUUGUCCAACAGAUUCAAAAAUAGAGAACUGAGUGAAAACACUACUGUGAAACACAGUAUACUACCACUGUGUUAACACAGUAUUACUUGUGUAUUUUUCACAGUGUCAAUAUCUUUUCCUGGUCAUUUUUGACACCUGAACAUUUUAUCAGCACUUACCUUAAUAUUUGGAAAUCAUGAUUCUUCCUUGCUAAUUUGAUUUCCUUAAUGAGUCCUUUUUGUAACUGUAGAUUUUGUCCAGGACAGACAGUUUGGUUUGUACCUUUAAAAAAACCUUUGACCUUUAACCCCAGGUCCUCUCCAAAGAGACUUUUCCAGACAUGAACUCUCAUUAUCUUCUGGUCGUGUUAGUCAAUCAGUGACAGACGCUCAAACUUCACACAGAGCUCAGGCAAUCAUUAUUGGUUUUAUUGCAUCAUCAGUAGGAUGUAAAGAGGCGCAAACCGCCACGCUGCACCCGGCAGAUCAACACCGGUACCACCGAUCCAGCUGAACCCGGAACAGUUCAAACACCAGCCUGUUGGUUCCUGUAGUUUUCUGUGCGUGCCUGUCAGCAGUUUUGAGGGUGUUUUUCUGUUGACCUGGUGACCUCAUACUGUGUGCUCAGAGGCCCACCCCCCCUCAGUGCCAUGAGCCACAGUGACAAAGCACAUUGCUCUGUCAGCCUCUUCACAUUCGUCUGUCAAAGGUUCAGUUCAGGAGCAAAUGCAAAACAGCAAACUUCACCGACCAAUAAAACCACGAGGUAGAGUCCUGGACAUGAAACAAGAUCCAUAUCCAUAAAUGAUAAAUGCAUCCUUUUACAACCACACCCUCACUGUUCAGGACGAAUCUAUGAUAAACAUCCACCUGAAAUCCCUUUAAUGCAACCUUUCACUUAAACUCAUAGAGACACUGACGGAUGUUCUGAAUCUGUGAGUGACAUGACUGCAAAAUGUAAACAUGCACAUGAGCUGCUACACUGCUUCAGUCACAGAUACCUGAGAAAAAAAGAAACACUUGAUUAGGCGAAAUGGUUUUGGAGAAAGUACUCAAGAUACAUCUCAGUACAUCUCAGUACUCAAGAUACUGUAUGAACUAAUAGCAACUCCUGACCAGGAACAAGGACAUAGACCUUUUUGAGAAGCUGCAGAGAAUUUGAAGACUGUGUCAGAUUUAAGACAUCUGCACACAAUCGGUGUGGAUGCUGUCUGUCCAGAGCAGUGCUGAUUAGACCAACUCUUGUGAACCUUUGAAUUUGUGUUAAAAGCAAAUCAGGAAACUAAAAACUUGUCUGAUUUUGGAGGGAUGUUGUUGUUGUUGAGCAGAUGAUAAACGUCUUCUUGUGUUUCUUCACUUUGACCCUUUUAUUUGAGGGGAUUAUUUUAGUCUCACCUGGCUUUUGCUUCAUAUCUGUACAAGUAUUUUGCAAAAUAGUCAUGUACUUUCCAAAGCAUGUAGACAGAGCUUACAUUAAAAGGUUUAUUCAGACUGAUCCAUCAGAGCUACAGAUAUAACUGUUUUGCCUUUACCACACUGCUUUAAUUGUCCAGGCAUCUCAGGUUGGUGUUUUAUGCAAAUGUGAAUCACUUUGACUUGUCCCAGCAUGAAGAGUUUGAGGAGCUGUUUAAGUUUUCAUUCAAGAAUUUCAGCGUGAAUUUACAACCUUUUUUUUUUUUUGCAUGUUCACGCCCUCUUUAAAACACCUGUCCAUGUGAAACUUGAUGAACUGGUUCUACGUUUCUUUGCAGGCUGAAUAUGGAGACAGUUUGCAGGUAUUACCCCAGAGUUUGUCUGCACAAUGAUGGUGAUGAUGUGGAGUGUAUGUGAAUCUAGAGUAAUUUAGAUCUAGAGUAAUUUAUAGGUAGAGCUCUGGCCUGUCUCUAACUAAAGGAAUGCCUGGGUGUGUCGCUUUAAGAGCUCCAGUUUGGGCUCCAUGUUUUGGUGAAAAACAAUGUUUAGUCGAGCUGUAAUCUGGUGAUUGUACGCGUACGAGCAGCCUGGUGACUUGCAUGUGUGAGUGAGUGCAGGCUGAAACUACUGAUGAGUUCUCUGCAUGGCAUUUCUGGAGAAACCGCAUGUUAAAGCUGAAAACAAAGAGUCCUUUUAUAACAUUUCACUACUCACAGUCUUCUCUCGACAGAGUUUAACUUUAUCCACAUCUAGGUUUAACUUUCUCUAAACGCUCUUGACCUGCAGAAUAGAGGAGUUGCAGGUUUAUUCAGAGCCAACACAGUAUUUGUAUCAGACAGGACUCAAAUAGAUGAGCGCAGAGGUAGAGCAGCAGCUCCCGGGGGUAAACCAAGAAGAUAUAGGAGACAACUUUUGAUAUGGCAAAUUUCACCUCCAAGAUAAAGCAGAUUUUGAUAGUUUGCAAACCAUUUGUCCUGUGUAUCUAACUGAAGAUAGAGCAAUUUUUAAACAUUUUUACUAGGGGUGUCCCGAUGCAACUUUUUUACAUCUGAUACGAUACCAAUACCUUCAAUAUUGGCCGAUACGAUAUUGAUCCGGUAUUGGCACAAACUUGUGCAUGACAAGUUUUGCACUCAGCUGCAACAUCUUUUUCAGGCAAAAAAUAAUACCACACGGCCAACAUCACUCCUACUCCUUGGUACUUUGUUAGUACCUUAGUACACACUGUUGUAGUGCUCAUGUGGGCAUGCUGGAUCCAGGCGCUGCUAGCUGGAGGUGCGGAAACGGAGUCUGGAAUGGACUGCUUGAAUUGGAGUGCUAAUGUAGGAGAUUUUAAAUAGAUUAAAUAGAUUUUUUUUUUGCUAUCGGACCGAUAUUUAUUUAUUCAUUUAUCUAUUAAUUUUUUGCUGAUAUAUGACUAAUAUAUAUAUAUAUAUAUAUAUAUAUAUACACAUAUAUUGCUGAUAUUAGACUAAUAUUUUUUAUUUUUUUUAUUUUUGCUGAUAUCUGACUGAUAUUUUUUUUUUGCUGAUAUCGGACCAAUAUUAUUUUUUAUUUUUUGCUGAUAUCGGACCAAUAAUUAUUGAUUGAUUGAUUGAUUUUUGCUGACCGAUAUUCGAUAUCAAUAUUAGGACAGCCCUAAUUUUCACCAUGUAAUGACUAAUUUAUGCUCAUUUUAAAUUUGAUGCAAAAAAAAAAAAGGUUUGUACAAGGAAGACAAAAAUGUGAAAGAAUGAGUGGAUUUCAUCAUCUACAGUAUAGAACAUCAUUCAAAGACUUAGAGAACUGAAGAAAUCUCCAAACUAAAGGCGGACAGGGACCAAAACCAAGACUGGAUGGUCCUGAUCUUCAGGUUAUUAAAAAAAGACAGGACUCUGGAGUGGAAGUCACUGCAUGGAAAGGACAACUGGACUUACUUGAGACGUUUCGCCUCAGGCGAAAUGUCUCAAGUAAGUCCAGUUGUCCUUUUAACAAAGAACUGGAAAUCAUAGAUGCUGCAUCCUUAUUUUUGGCUCAGAAUCACUUCCACAAACACAGUUCACACAUCUACUAAUGAGGUAGGGCUGGGCGAUAAAAUGAUAACGAUAUAUAUUAAAAUUACUUUCCCUCUAUCAAUAUAAAACAUGGUCAAUAUGCUUUUUGAUAGUCUGCAUUCAGCCAUGUUUUGGUAGACUAUACGAAUAGCCAAUGAACAUGAAUGAAUGAAAUGCAUGAAUGACACAAAGACCUCACAGAUGCAGUAGCUUGUUGUAUUGCAAAAGACAUGCUACCAAUAAGCACUGUUAAAUUUAAUUUUUUAUAUCAUGAUUUAUAUCAAUAUUGAGCUUAAAACCGAACCAUGAAAGAGGAAACUAUAUUCACAUAUUUAUACUUAGAUGGUCAGUUAUUUUUGAAAUCAUGGACACUGCACUGACCCCUCUAAAGACGAGGUCUUAUUAUCAGAUCUUAGUUCAGAUCCAGCUGAACUUUUAAAAUCUUGUCUUUGCACUUUUAAUUGAUUUGUAAACCAUCAGAUUAGUUUUUUAAUGGAGAUGUAUGUAAAAAAAAAAAAAAAAAGGUAAUGAUAAAAUUAGUUUUCAAGUUUUAAUGAGAAGACAAUAUCAUCACUUUGACGAAGUCUUGUAGUGACUCGUUAUCUGACUGACUCAUUAUCAGCCAAUAAAUAACUGUCCCUGCUUCUGUGUGCGACUUUGCCUAGACAGCAACAAUCUAUAAACAGCUGCAGAUGAAUCAUUUCUUACUAUAACUACUUCCUUAUAUCUGCCACAUGUCUGCAAACUCUGCAUGUUUUUGCUCUGUUUAAGUUUCUGUCAGGACUUGAGGAGAAUUCCACGUGGAUUUUCCCAGUCAGAUUUCUCAGAUUUCUCAACCCCCCCCCAUGGCUGCAGGGUCAAAAACCCUCUUUGACGACAGAAAGCUCAAGUUUCUGCACUUUAUGCAAACUUAGUUCUCAGCACGUCAGCGGUGUCAGGCCAUGCUCUGACUGCUGGAGUCUGUAGCUGUAGUACAAUCAAGUGAGUUGAACAGUGUGUGCUCUGAAGGCCACACACCCCCUUCAGCUGGAGUCAUGCCAGGGGGAGUUUCUGUAGGCAGACUCGCACUGAGAUCAGCCGAGCCAAUCAGCUGCAGCCGGAGAGUUUGCUGUUGAACGGGAGAUGUGCCUCGGUUGGGGUUUUAAGGUGGAGCUGAUGUAAAACCGUGGGACGUUUAUUAGGGUGGUAUUCAUGAGCAUGAACAACAACCCCCUCUGUUCUGAACUAAUGUGUGGAUUUAACUCAUCUUCUCAAGCUUAUUUUUCUUUGAAAACAUCAGCAGCAACAGUUUUAUUAAAGCUCCAGUAAGGAGUUUUUAACAAUAAACACUGAGGCCUCUCCAUGACCUUCAAGAGCCGACCAAGACCAGCAGCAACCAGACUGACAAUUUUUAAAGCCUGAAACUCCUUUUUCUGUGUGUGUGUAGAGCAAAGAGGUACAUUUAAGUCCACAGGGGGCGUCAAAAUCCCCAUCAGCUCAGAAUUCCUCACAGCAGCUUUAAUUCUGUAAUAAAGCUCCUGUAAGGAACUUUUGGUUUGGGUCGGUUUGGCGCCCCCUCUGGAGAAAGCCGUCUUUGCUCGUCCUUCAGUGUGUCCUGCUGUCAUUGAUAACUUUUAUAAUGUUUGAUUCACUUAUUUUGGUCGAAAACAUCCUUUUAAAUGCAAUAAUAUUUUAAAAUGAUAAUACUAUUAAUAUAAUAAUAUUUCUAAUAUAUUUUAUUUUAAAAAUAAAUAUUUCAAAUUAUUUUAAUUAAUAAUUUUUCAAUAUUUUUUACUUUUUUGUGUUUUUUUCAUGUACCAAAAUUUACUAAGUGUGAAGUUUAGCAUUUUUCUGCCCGAUAUUUUAAAUCUUAUUUAUAAUUAUGAAUAUUUUGUUGUCUUUCUGCUGUGAGAAGGACAGCUGAAAUAUUGACUUUUUAAUACAUUAUGAUAUGAUUGAUUUGAUUAAUUUUUAGUAACACAUUUUAUUCUAUUUAAAUGAUGAAUUAAAUCCUGAAAUCUUCAUUUUAAAUCUCAGUAACAGGUUUUUGUCAGACUUGCCUUCCCUAACAGUUUGAUGUUGAAUGCAGUUUAAUAAACACCUGUUUGUUUCCUCAGUGAUCUGUACUUGUGUGAUGUUUCCACAACACAACCCCUAUCAUGUCUUUUACUUUUUGGCUCUAUUUUUUGACCCUGAUCAUUUCUCUCAUGGAGUGUUUUCACUGAUAUUUCAGGGGGGAUAGCUGGAGGCAUCGAGAUCUGCAUCACCUUUCCCACAGAGUAUGUGAAAACACAGCUGCAGCUGGACGAGAAGGCCAAUCCUCCCAAAUACAAAGGCAUCGGUGAGUCAAAGUGAAAACGCUCUGAGGUCACUUUCAAAGGGUUAAAACCUGCAAAACAAAAUUUAAUUCGUAAAGCAGCUGUGGUUCAUGUUCAUUAUGAAGUUUGUGACUUGAAUUAUAGUCGGAAAUUCAAUUUUCAUGCAGUUAAAUGAAGCGUAGAGAGCUCAAAAUCAUCCAAAUCAACAAAUCUCUCAUUCAUGUGAAGGCUCAUGGCACGCAAAUAAUGAAGUAACAGAUGAAGUACAUUGAAAAGGAAAAUAUAUGAAUAUAUGAAAUAAAUGAAAACAAAGACUCCAUAAAAGGAGCAGAAAGUGAAGAGUUUGCAGUCAUCCCAAAACUUCGAUCUUCAUCUCAGAUUCUCCAGAUUUCUUUAACAGUCAGACCAGUCCUGGUUCAGAGGAAGUGCAGGUGCUUUCUCAGAUCUGAGCUCAAACAUGAAGGACUGGUUGUGUGUUUGUGUUGUGAGUUAAUCUUUGUUAUCUGUUGGUGAACUUUGGCACAGACUUUGACGUGUUGUGUUUCAGAGACUUGGAGUGACGCUUGUUGUUUCAAGCUGCGAAAGACAAACGAGAAUCCCAGAGCUGCUCAAGAAAACAUGUUUUUAAAGAAAGAUAUUUAAUACUUCAAUAAACUGGAUAAACUUUAAACUUCUGACGCUUCGAUUUGUCCCUUUUUCUCUGUUCCUCCUUCAGUCGACUGUGUGAAGCAGACUGUGGACGGUCAUGGGGUCAGGGGUCUUUAUAGGGGUCUCAGCUCUCUGCUGUAUGGAUCUAUACCUAAAGCAGCUGUCAGGUAAUGCUGUCAUUUCACCUGUGCAUGCACAAUCACACACACACGCACACACACACACACACACACACACACACACACACACACACACACACACACACACACACACACACACACACACACUUAAUGAAUGACUGUAAAUAUUAAAGUGUCCUUAACGAACCUUAUCACUCCUGAAUGAUCCCUUUGCAGAAUUUACGGGUAAAUUUUCACUUUUAAUUUCAUUUUGAUUCAUUAAUUCAUCUUUUUUUCUCCUCAGGUUCGGGGUGUUUGAGUUCCUCAGUAAUAAGAUGAGAGAUGAAAGCGGUAAACUGGACAGUAAACGAGGUUUCCUCUGUGGGCUUGGGGCUGGAGUCGCUGAAGCUGUGGUUGUCGUCUGUCCGAUGGAGACUGUAAAGGUUAAAAAAAAAACAGAUUUAUAACAUUAUUAUUCAUAAAUCAUCAUUUCAAACAUCUGUGAGUAGGCUAAUAUUUUUUUAGAUAGAAACACUGAUCUUUAUUUGGAGUCAUUUUCAUGUCCAUCAGAUGAACAGAAAAUGAAUUGAAGCUCUUUUUCAGUCCCUCACCUCCUCAUAACCUCAAAUCCAUUUCUUUGAAAACCUCAUAUUUCUGGUCCUGCUCUGCACAUUACCCAGCAUGCCCCAGAUUUACAGCCUCAUCUCGUUUGUUUCUAUUUUGACUCGUUUAUCCGUACAAUUGUCUGGAUUUAUUGAUAAAUCAUUUUAAUGAUGUUGUUUCAGGUCAAAUUCAUCCACGAUCAGACGUCAGCCAACCCAAAAUAUAAGGGAUUUUUCCACGGGGUGAGGGAGAUCGUCAGAACUGAAGGUGAGAAUGGGCUGCAUUUGACUGCCGCCUAGUGGUCAAACUCCUCUAUGACACUUAUCCAUCCUUUCUCUAUUUGUUUAAGUCGUCUCAGCUGUUAUCCAGGUGCUGUUUCUCUUUGUUACAGAGGUCAUUUUCUCCCGUUGAUCGGUCUCAGAUGAUUUCAAAGAUUUCUGAUUUUUAUUUCUAUAUUUGCAGCAUUUUGUGUUUUUGAGUUUCAUAUCGUUUCCUGAUCAAUAUUGACGUCUAUUAGAAGGUUUUUGGAGUGCCAGGAAGAAGGGCGCUCUCUGUGGUGCUAAAAGUGCGUUUUAGCUGUUGAUGUGUUUUUUGUUAUUUGUUUUCAGGUCUUAAAGGGACUUAUCAAGGCCUGACAGCCACCAUACUGAAACAAGGCUCCAACCAGGCCAUCCGCUUCUACGUCAUGACUUCUCUGAGGAACUGGUACAAAGGUUUGUGAUUAAACCUGAUUGUCCUUAACAACAUUAAACCUUUAAAAAAAAAAGCAGCUAAAUAAUCAUUUUUGUUGUAUUUAAAGGUGACGACCCCAAUAAAACCAUUAACCCUUUACUAACUGGACUGUUUGGAGCUGUUGCUGGUGCUGCCAGUGUGUUUGGAAACACUCCUCUGGAUGUCAUUAAGACCAGGAUGCAGGUGAGUUUAAAAAAACAAAACAUGAUUAUGUGUUUAUGAUUAACACUCUGAGCAGAAUAAGAAACACGUAUGUUUGUUUUCAACAGGGUCUGGAGGCGAGCAAGUACAAGAGCACGCUGGACUGUGCUGUCAAGAUCAUGAAGCACGAGGGACCGCUGGCGUAAGUUCAAAGGCGGAGUUGCUGUGACUCACAGAGACUCUCUCAUCAGUUAGAGAUUAAACCGACGAACAAACAGGGUUUAUUCCCCUUCAAACACAAAUAUGAUCAUGCUUUUGUAAUAUGGGAAAGCCAAGUACUGGAGUGGAGUACCUCAACGUGGCAUUCUAGGACCACUGACGCUUCCUCUUAGCUUAAAAGGAUAUUCCGGUGUAAAAUUAAUUUAGGGUCAAACACACUGUAACACCAAAUUCAUUCAGAGAUGAAUGUUGCUGCUUCUCUAGUUAUACCAACUUUAGUAAUGACCGCAGGAUAGCAAUACACAGCGGUCUGAGGAGCCAUAAACAAACCUCAACCAAAAUGCCACUCUGUAGCCACAAAUAAUGCUCAGAACAGCACCUAACUUCAUCAACAGUUCAUAUAGGGUCCCAGCCAUAGUACUAGCCAUCAAACAUCUUUUUAACUUUGCCUAAUUUCUUUGGUAAAGAGACUAAACACAACUCACCUACCCUCUUCCAGCCGCCGCUUGUUUGUAGCGAGACCUUGGGCCAGUCCAUUACGGACUACAGAGGGGUGACGCAGCUCAAGGAAGAACAUUUAUGAUCAUUUCUUUAUCAUUUCCUUGAAGUAAUAAUCACCAUUUGAAUAAUUUUGCAGUGCAAACACGGUAGUUCUUCUGCCUUAGCGUCUCAGUCUGAUUGCAUUCCCAUGAAGAAAUGAUCAUAAAUGUUCUUCCUUGACCUGCGUUACCCCGCUGUAGUCCAUAAUGGACUCGCCUCAGGUCUUGCUACAAAUGAGCGGCUGCUGGAAGAGAGUAGGUGAGUUGUGUUUAGUCUCUUUGCUAAAGAAAUUAGGCAAAGCUAAAAAGAUGUUUGGUGGCUAGUACUAUGGCUGGGACCCAAUAUGUACUGUUGAUGAAGUUAGGUGCUGUUCUGAGCAUUAUUUGUGGCUACAGACUGGCAUUUUGGUUGAGCGCGUGGCUCUCUGUAUUGCUAUCGUGCGGUUGUUACUAAAGUUGGUAUAACUAGAGAAGCAAGCGGUCAGCAACAUUCAUCUCUCGAGGGGGUGUCUAACUCGGUGUUAUGGUGUGUUUGACCCUAAAUUAAUUUCAUGCUAGAAUAUCCCUUUAAGUUAGUGUAAACCUUUAAACCUGGAGAGGGUUUUGGUCUGGGUUUAGAGUCCAGCACCAGUUUUGGUGAAUCUCAUUAAUCUAAAACACAAAAAAGUGAGUUAGCUUGUUUUGUAAAGUUGUGUUUUCCUAAGAAAGUAACAUAAAUUUUCUGAGUGUCUGUGGAGUUUGUGACCUCAGUCCCUCUUUUCUCCCUGUUCAGGUUCUAUAAAGGUACUGUUCCUCGGCUGGGUCGUGUGUGUAUGGACGUUGCCAUAGUCUUCAUCAUCUACGAGGAAGUCGUGAAGAUGUUGAACAUAGUUUGGAAGACGGACUGA